UUGUACAUCCCCAAUCCGUCCACAUCGGAGCUCACAUUAUACAAUAUACACCCCUCCUUUCUCACUCCUGAGAGAGAGAGAGAGAGAGUAAUGAUGGAGGUGUCAAUCUCAAGGAAAAUAUCGGAAAAUUAGCAUUGAAAAAGGGGGAGCGCGGCAACGGUCUCUUCAAGCACAUACAUUUUUUUUUUCAUAUUGCUAUUCACGAGAGAAAGCUCGGACCUUUGUAUUUUCUCUCUCUACAUAUAGAUACAUACACACGCUUGUGUGUUUGUACAUGAGGUGUUGCAUGUAAGUAUUUACUAUACAAAAAGAGAAAAAGUGUAGGAUGAAUAAAGCUAAGAAGAAAAGGGUAGAUACGACUUGAAUCUGAGCUUCCCUUUUUGGGCGUGAACGGAAAUACCAUGGCCGAAGACCUCUGUUUCUUCACCAAGGAAAGCUUAGCUAUUAAACCUCCUAAGAAAAAUACACUGGUAUUGAGGAUGGUAGUUUUGAUUUUGGUGAUGAUAUGUGGAGUUUACAUAUGUUCGGUCUGUCUUGGACAAUUUGGCGUGUGGUCGGCCCGACAUUCAUUGGCCGUUCAUGUUGUAGAGAGACCUUGUGAAGUGACUGAGAUUGAACCUUCAGAAAAACCUUAUGUGCAUUUCCCCAAGCCAAAGACUUUCAGCAGGGAUGAAUGUGCAUGCAAUCCCGUACGAAACUUUGCAAUUUUGUCGACCCAGAGGUCUGGGAGUGGAUGGUUUGAAACAUUGUUGAACAGUCACAUCAAUAUAAGCUCCAAUGGGGAGAUAUUCUCAGUUAAGGUCCGGAGAAGUAACAUAUCAACAAUUAGAGAAACUUUGGAUAAACUUUAUAAUCUAGACAUGCUUACAAGUGCGUCAAAAAAUGAAUGCACUGCUGCGGUUGGGUUGAAAUGGAUGCUUAAUCAGGGCUUAAUGCAGAAUCACGAACAAAUAGUGGAAUACUUCAAGAGUAACGGUGUUUCAGCCAUUUUCCUCUUCAGAAGGAACCUUUUGCGUCGGAUGAUUUCCAUUCUUGCAAAUUCUUAUGACCAAAAUGCCAAGCCACUGAAUGGAACUCACAAAUCUCAUGUCCACUCGACGCACGAGGCUAAGAUACUUGCUAGAUACAAACCAACUAUCAAUACAACAUUGCUCAUACCGAAUCUGAAGCAAGUUGAAGAUCUGGUUACCAAAUCCUUGCAAUAUUUCAAGAGCACUCGGCAUAUCAUCCUCUACUAUGAGGACAUAAUUACAAACCGUACAAAAUUGGUGGACGUUCAAGAGUUCUUGAAGGUUCCACAACGAGACCUCCACAGUCGUCAAGUAAAGAUACAUAAAGGACCCUUGUCUUCACAGGUCGAAAAUUGGGAGGAUGUCAAAAAGACUUUGAAGGGAACACAGUACAAGAGUUUCCUAGAAGAAGAUUACAAGUUGUAAAUGCGGUGCGAUCUCUCUAUGUAUAGCAUGUUUAGUUUAGCUUAUUUAUUCAUUAAUUCUUUCGACUGCAGAAGCCAACUGGGCAUGUCCCCGUUGCAAUUUUGGCCAUAGCUUAAUUCCUGAUACUUGUUUUUUGAGAUAUAUGGUGUAGCUAAACUGAUUGUGAUGAAAAUUCAGGCGUUAUAGACAUGUACGGUUGCAGGAUCUGAUGGUCUUCCCAGAAUACAUAAGAGGUGUCUUGAAACCAUUAAGAGAAGUUUUGAUGCAUGCAAGAAAAUGUUAGUGUUGAUAACCAAUCAUAUGAUGAGCCUUAGCCCUGUCAUGAUAAUGAUGAAUCUAUAUUGGAAUUCGGCUGCUAUGACUACUUUAAUGUAGUGAAUGAAUGAUGUAAUUGAUUGAUGUUGAAAAUAAUUGCCAAAUUUCAUAUGUCAUUUGGUAGGGUUAAUGAUUGGCUUCAUUUAUGAGGAAUUAUUAUCUUGUUGAA